AUGACGCUCAAUCCAGCGGGAGCUGGUUUUGCACUCCCACCAGCACUCUCCCUAGACCUCUAUAAACAGCAGGGCGCGGGUUCCAGACCCAAGCAUCACGUGCAGCCGGCGAAAAAGGGAGCUCCGUGGUCCGAUGAAGAGCACAAGGCCUUCCUCAACGGGCUGAAGAUGUAUGGCAGGGGCCAGUGGAAGCAAAUAUCGCGCUACUACGUGCCCAGCCGCACACCCACGCAGGUGGCCAGCCACGCGCAGAAGCACUUCCUGCGCGUCAGCGGCACGCAGAAGCGGCGCUCCCGCUUCUCGGCAGUGGAGGAGGCAGCGAUGACGGCGGCGGCCGCCGGGCCCGCGCAGCCGCCGCUGGCCGCGCUGCAGCAUGGCAUGGCGCUGCCGCCGCCCGCGCCCGGCGUGCCGGGCCUGUUUGGGUCGGCGCUGGGGCCCGGGGCCGCGGGCGCGGCCGCCGCGGUGCAGCCCUUCCAGCUGCUGCAGCAGCAGGCGCGGCUGCCAAUGGCGGCGGGGCCGCUGUCGGCGCCCGGCGCGGUGAGGGGAGGGAUCGCCAUGGGGGUGCCCAUUGGCGUCCUGCCACCGCUCCCCUCCAUCACCACCGCAAGCGGCACCGAGUUGCCCAUCCUCCCCGUCAUGCCCGGCCGCAUCAACGCCAUGGCCGCCUCGGUCGUGCCGCCCGCCCCCGCGGCUACCACCGCCAGCUACAGCGCCGACAGCAGCGGCAGCGAGCUGCCCGCCAGCCGGCCGCCCUCGCCCGCGGCGCCCAGCCUGCUGCCGCCGCCGCCCGGCUCCGACGCGCGCGCCGCCCUCUCCUCCCGCACGCCUUCCUCCUCCCAGUACGCCCCCAGCGGCCGCUCCCAGCAGCUGCUGCGCCUGCUGGAGCUGAACGAGCAGCUGGCGGCGGACCGCGCCAGCAGCGGCAGCGGCAGCGCCGCCGCGGCCGCCCAGCUGCAGCCCAGCGGCACCUCGCAGUCCAUCCUCUCCCACCACCAGCACCACCAGCACCACCAGCACCACCAGCAGCAGCACCCGGAGGCAUCUGUGAGGCGCGUGCAGUCGGCCACCGCCGCGCUCGACACGCUGGCGUCCCUGGCGGAGGCCGAGGCGCAGAGCGACGAGGAGGCGCGCGGCGGCAGCGUGGAGCCGCCGGCGACGGCGGCGCAGCAGCAGCAGCAGCAGCAGCAGCAGCAGCUGCCCGCGCCGCCUCCCGCGCACUCGCCGCAGGCGCCCUUGGUCAGUGCCUUCUAGCUCUGCCGGCGCCGCGCGGCCUGGCUGCCCUGCUGCGGCUGCGGCCCUCGCCUGCCCAGGCGCAUCCCAGACCCCCAGGACGCCCCCACCCCUUUCUCCCUGCCUCGAUUCGAUUAGCGCGAUUGAGAUGACGACGACGCCCGCUGCUGGGCUGCUGGUUGACGCAGCCCAGCUGGGGGCCCUCCCCUCGGUUGAUGCGCUGGUGGCGGCACCACGCGCACGCGUACAUGCCUUUUCCUACACCCGUCUCGUGCAUUCCUUUCUUUUUACCUUACCCCUGUAGACUCCUUCAGAUGUUUGACUAUGCUGUUCCGCUGCACACACACUCUCUCUUUCUCUCUCUCUCCCCUUCUUGGCAAAGAAGAGCGGCUCCUGGCUCUUUCGCCCCACCCCGCGUCGUUCCACCCUCUUCCCUCUCAGUUUGCCUUUUUCUCAACCCAAUUUGAUUCAUGCAAGGCUGCAACGCUUUUGCUCGCCCCUCUCCCCCCCUUUUACACCAGAAGCAGCUCGCCGCAGCGGCAGCCCCCGGCUGCCGUCGCGGCAGCUGCAUGCAUGCAUGUCUCGUGCAAUGCAAGGGUGUGGCCCCACCCUCCUGUAUCUUAGCUGCGGCCCUCUGUUUUCGCCACCCCCCUCUCAGAUCCCCACCCCAUGCUCCAACGCUCCCCUCUGCACCAAACUGGCAGGCCGCCGUGCCUCUCUGGCACGUCUGCCCGCUGCCCCCGCCCGCCACCCGCACCCCUGUUGCCUGCCUUCCCUGCUGCGUGAUGCGAUGCGAUUGCCCAAGAACGAACCUUGCCCCGUGCUUCUGUCCCCGCCUGCCAAACGGCGAGCCCGAUGCCAUGCCAUGCGAUGCUUGAUACUUCGUCCUGCGGUACCUGCCUGCGAUGCUGUCCCACCUAUCACCACCUUGUGCCUGCUGAUGCGACCCCUGCCUUUUUGCCUGUUUGCCGAUCCGAUUGCCACCAAUGCAUUGCCCCUGCCCG